AUGGCGAUUGUCCGAAAGCUGGGUCUCCUGCUUGCUGCCCUCUCAGUCGUGUCACUAGGCUUGAUAGUCACGACAGCAGACGCUGCAGCCUGUAAAUAUAACAAUGGACUGGCCUGUCCACAAGCAACGCCAUGCUGCAGUCUUCACGGACACUGUGGUAACUCUCGCGUUGCCUGUGCGGUCGGAUGCAAUGCCGCCGCAAGUUUCAAUGGUCGAUGUGUGCGUUCCCUCGGCACAGCUCAACAAUUGACCGACGGACCUGGUGCCAACGGAAAACCCCGUCCCGUCCCCUCACUGCCCAAUGGUGCCUUCAAGGUGGUGGGCAACACUGGUGUGGCCGCACAACAUAUUGCCUUGGUGACGCCUACAAAGAUGUUGAUCAUCGACAAGGCCGAGGCCAACCCUGUCAAGCUGCCGAGCGGUAUCUCUGCCUACAAUGCCGAGUAUGAUUUGGUGACAAACAACAUUCGUCUACUUGAUGUCACGACCAACACCUUUUGCUCGGGUGGCGGGUUCCUGCCCAAUGGUACCAUGAUCAGCGCUGGAGGUGCUGAGGCACGCAAAUCGCGCGCGUUCGCCACUGAAGGUGGAUUCCAGUCUCUUCGUAUGUGGAACCCUUGCGAUGACGGGACUUGCGAAUGGAUGGAGAACCCCGCAGACCCCGCCUGGACCAUGACCGGAAACCGUUGGUAUGUUUCGAUCACGACCCUCCCCUCCGGCGAGCUCUUUAUCCUUGGAGGCAGUAACGAGUCCCUGGCGAUCAACAGUCUCGCCACCAACAACCCCACCUGGGAGAUCUACCCCAAACCCGCCAAUGUCAAGGCUGCCGACUACACGCCCAACUUUAUGCAGUUCAUGGUCGAUUCGUUGCCCAACAACCUUUACCCGAACGUUUAUUCCCUUCCCGACGGCAACAUCUUUAUCUUUGCCAACCAAAAGUCGAUGAUCUUUAAUGUUGCCAAGAACGAGGUCAUCAAGCGCAUGCCCGAUCUGCCCGGUGGACCCCGUUCGUACCCCCUGACUGGAUCGCAUAUCCUGUUGCCUUUGGACCCUGCUAAGAACUAUGCACACGAGAUCUUGGUUUGUGGAGGAUCUGAGGCCAAGACCGAGAAGUCCAAGGCCCUUCAGAGCUGUGGCCGUAUCAACCUUGCCGAUGCCGAUCCUCAAUGGGAGAUGGACGAGAUGCCUACCCCUCGUCUGAUGGGCGAUGCGAUUGCGUUGGCUGACGGCAAGAUUAUGUUCUUGAACGGAUGCAUGACUGGAUAUGCUGGUUUCCGCCACGGUCAUGACCCUGUCUUCACCCCUGCCGUCUACGACCCAGCCGCACCCCACGGACAGAGAUUCACGGAAUGGGAGCCCAGCAACAUUGCAAGAAUGUAUCACUCUGUCGCCAUGCUCCUCCCUGAUGGCUCUGUCUUUGUCGCUGGUUCGAACGAGAACUCUGAAGUCCGUCUGAAGGACGUCCCCUUCCCCACCGAAUACCGCGUCGAGAACUUUACGCCCCCAUACUUGUCGACCGACUUGGCUCGCCCCGAGAUUGUGAGCAAGGUGCCCGAGAAGGUGGCCUAUGCCCAGAAGGUGUCGGUGACAGUCGAUGUCAAGGACACGAGCAAGUACGACCCCGAGGUUGUGUUCAUGUUGGGUCAUCGCGGGUUCGUGACCCACAGCACACACAUGUCGCAGAGGAUGACCAAGUUGGUUGCUCAAGCUACUCAUACCGAGGGAACCAAGAUUACGUAUGAGGUUGCGAUGCCACCCAACGCCAACAUUAUGCCUCCUGGUCCCCAUUACAUGCAUAUGUUGAACAAUGGCGUCCCCUCUGUCGCUGUUCACUUCCUCCUUAACUAG